AUGGGUCAGAAGGAAGAGGAACAAACAUGGGAUGCAUGGGCUAGCUGCGUUCAGUUCAGUAACGUGUGCGCUGUCUGUCUUUGCAGACGUGGCAAACUGCAGAGGGAGUCGGACUUCAUAGCCAGUGUAGACAGCAGCUGGAUCUCCUGGGGUGUGGGAGUCUUCAUUUUGAAGCCUCUGAAGUGGACCCUGUCAAGUGUGCUAGGUGACAGCAAAGUGCCGGAGGAAGAGGAGAUCCUGAUUUUUGUGGAGCUACUUCAAGAGAAGGCAGAGGAAAUGUAUCGCCUGUAUCAGAACUCGACACUUUCUUCUCACCCGGUUGUUGCCCUCUCAGAAUUGCGUUUGCUCUGUGCCAACAUGUGUCCGGAUGAGAGGACGUUCUAUUUGUUGCUGCUCCAGCUCCAGAAGGAAAAGAAGGUCACAGUCUUGGAACAGAAUGGAGAGAAGAUUGUAAAAUUUGCCCGGGGUCUUCACACCAAAGUGUCCCCAGUUAAUGACGUGGACAUCGGGGUAUAUCAGCUGAUGCAGAGUGAGCAGCUGCUGUCACGGAAGGUGGAGUCCCUCUCUCAGGAAGCCGAGAGGUGUAAAGAGGAGGCCCGAAGUGCUUGUAGAGCUGGGAAAAAACAGCUGGCACUUAGAUGUUUAAAAUCAAAGCGAAGGACAGAGAGACGGAUUGAAGAGCUCCAUUCCAAGCUGGAUACAGUGCAGGGUAUACUGGAUCGUAUAUAUGCUUCACAGACGGAUCAGAUGGUGUUUAAUGCCUACCAAGCUGGAGUAGGAGCUCUAAAACUGUCCAUGAAGGAUGUCACUGUGGAAAAGGCAGAGAACCUGGUGGAUCAGAUUCAGGAGCUUUGUGAUACCCAAGAUGAAGUUGCCCAGACUUUGGCAGGGGUGGGGAUCAAUGGUCUGGAAGUUGACACUGAGGAACUUGAGAAGGAGCUAGAUAGUCUUCUUGUGGACUCGACUAAAGAGACUCUGGAUCUGCCUCCCGUGCCCCAGAAGCCGCUGCUUCCCACCGUUUCUGAUGCAGAGCUUGAAGCUGAGUUGGAGAAACUUUCCUUGUCAGACAGAGGUUUGGCACAAAAGACUGUCUCUACUUCCUCUGAGCCCAAAAGAGUGGUGGCACUGGAUCUCUGAAGAUACAACAGCACCCUGCUGCUAUGAUUUGAGAAUAGUCUUAAGUUUGCUUAAAUAGUGACCAUAAUUUUAAAGAGUAACUUUGGACGGUGGGCUAACACCCUUCUCUUUUUACUGGAUAUCACUUGCUAAGUGACAUGAUCUACUGCCAUGACAAUCCACCCUCUCUGGAACUGAUACCAGCUGGUGUUGCUGUCAUCUUAGUGCCAAUAUCUACAUUGGUCCCAGUUUGACUGGUUAUCCCAAGUCGCCUUCGGUGUUCAUUAUUUUCCUGGUGAGCUGUCUUCCCUACUGGGAUUACAGCCCUCGCUGUUAUGUCCAAUGAAGAUGAGAGCUCUUCUUCAUAACUGCUUGAUUUUGUUGCAGCUGAUGUUGAGGAGAACCUGAAAAGCAGCAGUAUCGCAGUUGCUCAACGUCUGGCUAGUUGUGUGGUUGUGUAAAACAUUUGGCACAUUACAUAUAUACUGUCCUUAACAGUCAAGUGUCUGCAAUAAGCUUGCACACCUGUCGAUAGUGCUACCUAUCUUUUCCUGUUUGUAUUUGCACGGUUGUGGACAACUAGACAUGUGACUCUUUAACUGUAGGAAACUUUGUUCUUGUUGCCACAAGGGGGCAGCAGUUGCCAGCACAAAAUGACACUUUCUCCUCUUUCUGUAAUAACAAGGCCUUAAAAAGAGACCUGCAAAGGGCUUAAAAAUGAAGGUGUUGCUUUUUAUGCUGUGAUGAGAUGGGCCUGCAAAGCUGAUUUAAAAAAAAUAAACUGCUUAGUUUGUGUUUUUGGGUUUUGUUUUUUUUUAACCUGUGAAAACAGCAGGUACUUCAAGUUUUACCUUCCCUGUUUUUUGCAGGAGAUUUUUGGGAGUCAGAGGGGGAUUAAAUGAGAGGUUCUUUUUUUUUGCACUACCAGGGAGAAUUUGGGGGGUAUAGUAGUCUUCUCCAAAGUGUAUGGGGGCUCUUGAAUCCUUCACACAAUGCAACUCCUCCCCUUCAGUUUUCAGUCUUGAGGCAUAACACUACGAGCUGAGCUAGAGGAGAACUGCAUUUUUAAUGUACACAACCCAAGCAGAGCCUUUAUUCGUCAGAACAAAGUGCAGUCUUUUUGUCCCCAUUUGCAGGUCACUUUUACUAUGCUUAUCAUGUACACAGAAGAGGGUAAACCUGGCUAAUCAUGCUUCAGUUGCUUCCAGUGGGACUGGGUGACCUCUUUUGGGAGAGGCAGAUGUUUCCACCUGUGCUCUGUGUAUCCUGGCUCCUGAUGGGAGAUCCAUAGUGGGGUUGGUACCAAGCACAUGUGAGCCUGGGGAAGUCUGUGGGGUUUUGCUGAGUAGGUGUUUGUUUGUAAUUGGUGUCCUGCUUCUGUCCCUCCUUUGAGGUAGAAUGUAUUAUUUGUUGUACUAGUUUCAUGCCUGCCUCUGCUACCAGUAGCUGCCCACUUCCCAGGGCACACAAAGGACAGGUUGCUUGAACUAGCAGUAAUGAGUCAUGGAAUAAUAAUCAAAGCAGGGAAAAAGGAGCUCUAGACAUAGCCCAACUUCUGGAGAUGAGAGAGAGAACUGCCAGGGAGGUAACUUCAGUGUGCUGCAUCUGAACACAGCCAGCUCCUCUACCAGAUCCCCUCACCAACACCACUACUGUUCCUGAGUGCAAGCUCCUCAGACAGAGGGGCAAGGUGCAGCAGGUAAGCAGUUCAUGUGAGCUAAAAGCAGAAUCACAGUAAAUACAGUCAGUGUGUUCCUUUCCUUUCUGUACAAAAGGGGAAAAAAGAUUGCUGGUCUUUACUACCUGCCAUGUAAUAAAGGGAGGAAAAAUCAAGA